CUGUUGCUUCACAUCAGCAUCUCCUGAAUUCUGCUGCACACUGUCCUCCUGAGCCAACACCCAGACAUUAGGAAGGACCACAAGAGAAAGAGACACAAACGAUUCCUAACAAACCAGCUGUGACGUAUCGCGAGUUGUGUCCUUUGAAAAUCUACUGACAUGGCAGCCAUGGAAGCACUGGAGCCUUCAAGUCUGAAACUAGAGCCCCAAACUCUGACUGAGAUCUCAGACGACGAGGUCAACCUCCCACCCUCAGAAGAUGAAGACGAUGUUGCAGCAAAGAAAGAGUUUUCAGCCACAGGUCCAGAGGGUGACACUGCUGAAGACAAGGAUGAUGCGGUGAAGUUUGACCCACAGGUCAACGGGGUGAUGGUGCUGUCUUUGCUGGACAAGAUCAUCGGGGCCGUGGACCAGAUCCAGCAGACUCAGACUGGGCUGGAGGCCAGGCAGCAGGAGAUGGAGCGUUCAGUGACCAGUAUCCAGGGUGAGCUGACCAAACUAGCCAAGAACCACAGCACCACAUCCAACAGCGUCAACAAGAUGAUGGAGAAGGUGCGCAAGGUGAGCGUCAAUGUGAAGACGGUGCGGGCCACGCUGGAGAAGCAAGGCGGCCAGAUCAAGAAGCUGGAGAACAACGAGGCUGAGCUGCUCAAGAGGCGCAACUUCAAAGUCAUGGUGUACCAGGAUGAAACUAAGGUUCCUUCCAAGCUGUCCAUGUCAAAGUCCAUGAAGGUUCCAGAGGCCGUGGAAGGAAGCAGAGGAGGCAGCCUGCAGGAGCUGAAGGAAGCAGCAGAUGAGCAUGAAGAGAAGGAAGAAGACAAGGCUGAUAAAGCCCACAUAGACCUGUCUUCUGAUGAAGAGGAUGUGGCGAUCGAGGAGGCCAUUGAGGUGUCUCGAGCUGAGCGCAUCAAACGCAGCAGCCUUCAGCGUGUACAAAACCUGAAAACUGUCUUCUCCAAGGAGAAGAUGGACCAGACCAGAGCCAAGACUAAGCAGAACCUGGAGAGAACCAAGCAGAAGACAAGACACAACCUGGAGAAGACGAGAGAGAACCUGGAGAAGACCAAGCAGAAAACCAAGGAUAACAUUGAGAAAACUAAGCAGAAGACUAAAGAGAACCUAGAGAGAACGCGUCACAACAUUGAGAAGAAGAUGGGCAAGCUGGGCACCCACAUGACUGUCAACCCUGAGCGCAAGCAGAAGUUACAGACCUCCCGUGAUCGAAUGAAGAAGGCCUUCACACCUGACCACGUUGUGUAUGCUCGCUCCAAGGCGACCGUGUACAAGGUGCCCCCCUUCACCUUCCACGUGAAGAAAGUCCGUGAAGGUGCCGUGGAGGUGGUCCAGGGCACAGAGAUGGUGGAGGUGUCCCAGGAUGUUGAGCACUUCAGUGGAGUGGAAGGUGAGGAAGAAGGAGUUGUGGAGGUGGAGAUGGAGAUGAUGAAUGGUGGAGGAGAGGAUGAAGAGGAGGAGGAGGACAGCCAUGAUGUCCUGGAGGAGAACGAGGACAGAGAACGAGAUAGUGAUUAGAUAAAGUCCUCAGCACCAGCCCCGGGCUUCUUUUGGAAAACUGAAGAAAGUUUCACCUUUGAAGAAUUCUGCAAAGGUGAAGCUGUGUCAGAUUUUACAAAAGCACCUUCAGG